AUGGGAAAAGGAUUCAACAAUUAUAUGUGCAAGAAGUUUUUCCAUCCAGCCUCGAGAGAUAAUCUCAAGCGGGUAUGGAUGGCUGAACAGCAAGCAGAUGCUUACAAGAAGAAACAGGAAGAACUGCGGAACCAGUAUGAGAAAGAACAGGAACUGCACGAUAACAAGGCUAUGCUGAGCAGGGAUAGUAAGGACAAGCUGAGCGUUAAUUUUAUGUACGAACUCCCACCGGGUAUGAAGAAAGAACGCGAACAGGAAUCGAACGAAUCCGAGUACAAAUUCGAAUGGCAGCGUAAAUAUAAUGCACCACGCGAAAGCUACUGUAAAGGAGACACAGAGAUUCGUGAUCAACCGUUCGGUAUUCAAGUGCGCAACGUCCGCUGUAUAAAAUGUCAUAAAUGGGGCCAUAUCAACACGGAUAAAGAAUGCACCAUGUACAGUCUUUCGAUGAGCGAGGCGAAGAAAAUUCACUCUGAAGCUGAGGCGAAUCAAAUUCUCUCCAAAGGCGAACUGGAGCAGCAGCUACGGGAUGACGGUCUCGCUAUGAAACGGAGCGCGCAGGAGCUAGUUACAUCACACAAGUUGGUGACGGAUCCGGAAAUUGAGCACGCGGUGCCUGAAACGGAAUUCAUUCGCUCGCUGACGAAAAAACAGAAAAAGAAGCUGCUCAAAAAGCUCGAAAAGAUCGAGAAACGUCAGCGUUCGUCUAAGAAAAAAGCGAAAAAACGUUCCGACUCCAGUAGCAGUAGCAAUAGCUCGUCAUCGUCCGAUUCGGAUUCGGACACACGGUCAUCAAAACGACAGUCCAAAAAAAACACCCAUCGCAGCUCGGAUGACCGCAAUGGUGACCGAAGAGAUCGGGAAAAAGACGGAAAACGUCGCGAUAAACAACGGAAUCGCAGUCGAUCUAGAUCACCGCAUGCUGCAUCAUCUCACGGUCAUGAAUCAUCAAAGCACCGUCGAGACCGUUCGGUUAGCCCUCGGCGGGAACGCAGCAAGCGUUAGCGCAAGUGGAAUGCGUUACCAUAUCAACUGGCUAGGGGGAAAUACACCCCAAAGUAACUACGGACCAUCUAACCUAAAUGCUCUCCCAGGAAGCUGCAACCUCACCGUAACCGUCGAAAAUGGACAAUUUUAGCAUUAGUUUGUAGUUUAUUGGAAAAAAAAGUGACAAGUCACCCAACAUAUCGU